AGCCAUUCUAUUCCCCUUUACCGGUCAGGUCCCGGCCGCCGUCUCCUCCCGUCGCAAACCCCAAACAGAAAUGGCGCCGCCGCCGCCGCCGCAUCGCUUCCUUUGUCUCGUGUAUAGCUCAGCAUCUUCCAGGUCCGAGGCUUGCCUGCUCCUGGAGCUGCCGAGGAGGGGCAGGGCACCUCGACCUGGUUGGCUGGCUCGCUCGAUCCAAGCAAGAAGAAUCGCAAGGGUAAGAUGGGUAGUUCACCGUGAGAAAAUAUUUUCUUCAGUCUCCUGAUAGUGAUGGCAAUGUUUAUGAGUUUAUGUGUUGGUCAUUCCUUUUUAUAGGAACAGCAAGACGACUAUUUCCCAUAACCCCACCGCUCGGCCUGGCUCGAGCAAAAAUCCACCUUGACUUUGAGUUUCAGAUGUGUAGUUGACUCGGUUCCCUGGAUGAAUCGCCAUGUUGUUGCGAUCUCUUGUCGGCGAUUGCUGCAAUCUUCGGAAUUUCUUGCAACUAUAAACAGAUUCCCAAUAUGACGUCGGAAUGGUGCUGUCUAUGUCUACUCUUUUCCGCAGCAAUACCUAUUUAGAAAGCAGUGAGUCUAUAGCAAGAGCAGUAAUUAAGCAGUUCUAUUCAUUUAGGAAAUGGACAAUCAAUCAGGACAACCGCAGUACGGCAUGGCUGAUCAUGGAUUUCGCCCCUUCUCAGCCUCAAUCUCGGCACCAUCUACUGCACAGCAGCACACGGGUUCUUCGUCGAACACUGCAGUAAUUCAGGUGGCAACCCCGCCAUCCCACACAGAUUAUGGUAACAUAUACCUAGCUGAUGAUGGCUACCAUUGGAGGAUGUGUGGGCAGAACACAAUUCAGGGUGAGCCAUGCCAGACGAUAUUCUACUAUCAGUGUGCCCAAGCAAACUGCAUGGUCCAGAAAUCGGUCGCACGCUCUGCAGACGGACAGACCACUCAAACAUUUUCUAUGGGCGUUCAUAACCACCCACAGAGGUCAGUAAGGUGGCUCAGAGAUGGUUCAGAAAGACUGGAGCCAAUGUCUCAAGUUGGUGUGCUAGUUGGGGCAUCAGAUGCUGCAGGGGCUACUGUUGGACCUUCAGUGCCUGAGACAGGCCUGCGCAGCGGAGGCGCGUUGUCUCGCCGCUCAGUCCGCCGACCCCGCGUGGCUUCAGGGGGCCAACGCCGCCAAGAAGUCCCUCCGUCGACCCACCCGUGCCGUUCUCUUCGCCGUCAUGCUCACCCCCUCGGUCGCCGGUUGAAUGCGCGGAGCGUGGCUGCGCCUCUCUGUCGCCGGCGCGCGCAAACCCCCCUUCGGAGUUCGAGCAUGUUCCACCUGGCGACCCGGAGCUCCGGGUAAACAGGGAGAUCUGUGUGCUGCCGUUCUCGGCCGCGAUGAGGGAGCGGGAGGCGCAGCUCCGGCGGGCGGUGGUGGCGGUGGUGGUUGGGGCGGCUCGUACGCCGUCCGCGGCCCAGGUGCACGACGAGCUAUGCUCGGAGUUCUCUCUGUCUCCUCACAGCUUCUCGGUACGCCGUUUCUUCCCGGAGGAUUUCCUCGUCACCUUCCAGUCCGACGAAAUCUUCGACCGUGUUGCGCGCCGCCGCUCCAUCCCUCUCGGUCAGUUCCGUCUCUUGGUCGCGCCUUGGUCGAGGCAGCUGCAUGCGAGGGAGGGGUCGAUGCUUUUCCGGGUGCGGCUGCACCUGGAAGGGAUCCCCGGUCACGCCUGGGAUGAGGCGACGGCGGCUGCGGUGCUCGGUUCUUCCUGCCGUAUCAUCUCCUGUGAUCCGGUCAGUUCCUCAGCCAGUGACAUGGCGGUCUUCAAGCUCUACGCUUGGACCUCCGACCCUGCCUCCAUCCCGAAGGAGAAAUGGCUGCGCAUUGUCGAGGAUGGUGGCCCGGUUGUCACGCCGCAGGGCACCUGUGAGCGCUACCUCGACUACGUCGUUCUCAUCCACCUCACCGCCAUGGAGGAUCACAUCUCGCCGCCGGAGCCGUACCUCCCUUUCGCGCCGUCCAGCGGUGAUUCUGGUCGCCCUAGCUCGGACGACUCGGACGACGGCCCUCCUCGACGGCACUUCUUCCACACCUCCAGAGGUCGACGAGAUGGUUCCCCCCCUCCGCCGCAGUCCGGUCAGGGCUCGACAGGCGGCGGUGGAGGCGGUGGGCACAGGGCCGCUCCGGUGGCGGUGAUGCCGGCGGAGCUCUGUUCCGGCCGCCUUCUUCGGCGGGCUGGGGCGCUGGCGCCGGAGAAGCCUGUCCGGGCUGUGGCCGGCGCGGAGGCGGCCAUGGCGCGGCGGAGGAGGCCUCGUGGUCGGCGACGUCAGCAAAAGGUGCUAAAGUGGAAAAGCAAGUUCUUAAAGCUUAGCCCUGUUCGCAGCUGUUGCAGGUGGCAGCCACGAAAAGGACAAGACACUUCUGAGCCGGUCUCGGUCGCAAAGGCAAAGGAGAGUUCUGCUCUGCAAUCUCUGUCUCUUGGCUCUGUGGUGGGGCAGGAGGACAGGGAGUUUGUCUUGCCUGUGAGCGCGGCGUCUGAGGCUGAUUCGGCAGUCUCUUCGAGGAGAGACAUGGUCUGUCAGUCCCCACUACCCCCUGACGCCUCGUGGGAGUGCUGUUGGCGUACAGACUGGCGUACGGACUGCCCAGUUCCGGAGGCGCACGAUCCGAUGCUCGAGGAAGCUUCUCGACGACCCAGGUUGGGCUGGCCGCCUCUCCAGUUGGGUUGGAGGCCCAACAAGGCGGUUUGGUGCUAUCGACUGUCGCUGGGCCGGCUGUUGAGUCAGCUGGGUCUCGGCCUGAGGUGCAGUCACAGCCCAGCCCGCUAGCAAUGGAGGAGGCCCACCAUGACGCUUCUACCUUCCUUCAAGGGUCUGUUUCAGCCCAUGCAGACCCGUUCCUCUCGGUCGUUCUGGCAGCAAAGCCAAGCAUGGCAAUGGCAGCGCCGGGUGAGUCAGCGCUUCCGCCGCCUGACUCCGUGCCAGACGCGACACUUGGAGUGGAGGCUGUCUCUGCUCCUUUGGUGUGCCCAGAACAGCAUUUGGCGGCGUCCUCGACGCCGUUAUCACAAGUUUUCUCUCCGGUCUCGGCUUUGCCGACUGCCUCCGCGGUGGUCGUGGUAGCUGAGAUCGGGGGGCCGUUUCCCGAUGAGGUCGUUCCGGUAGAUGAGAUGGCCGCAUCUCCGCCUGCUCCAUCUACUGCCGUGUUCGCAGCGGCUGUGGAGGAGGCUUCAGCUCCGCCGCCGACGCUUAUCACCUUCUCCAGGAGAGCCAAGAAAGCAAUCCCCCCGGCACUGCUUCCCCCACCAGCCCCUCAGCAGCCGCCGCAACCAGCGCCGCUGCAGACGCCGCGUCGCAGUGUGCGUCAAGCGCUUCAAGCGACACAUGGCGCCCCAACUUUCUCCCGCUGCCAGUCAGUGUUAGCUAAGAAGAUGGGGGAGAAGGAUACUGCUGUCCCAGCUGCGCCUGCACCGACUGUGUGUACUAUCCAGCAGUACAACGAGCUGUUCGAGAAGGAGCUGUCUCAGGAUCAGAUGUUGGCGCUGGCCGACCUCUUUGGCAUUUGUCUACCGCCUCCUGCCAGCGCGGUGGUCAUCUCGCCAUUGAAGGCGGCCUGAGCCACAGUCUCGCUGUUUUUUGGUCGCCCCCUUUUCUUUUUUAUGUCGAACUGCAAUUUUAA